AUGGAUUCGUCCUCGUCCUCUCCGAGGCCGGUGACGAGGACGGCGUCGAGGUGCAUCCAGGAGACGGCGCGGGGCACGCACGUGUUCACGGUUGAUGGGUUCAGCCUGCACAGCAGCCUCGGUGCCGGCGAGUACGUUGAGUCCGGCGUCUUCGUCGUCGGCGGCUAUGAAUGGCGCCUCCGCUACUACCCUGACCGGGACAAUGACAUUGGCGCCGACGCCGACGCCGGCGACGAUGACGAUGGCGAGCGCUGCAUCUCCUUCGUCCUCCAACUCCUUAGCAAGGGCGUCGAGGUGCACGCGUUCUUCAGCUUUCGAUUGCUCAACCACGAGACAGGCAGGUCGCAGCUGGUAUACAGCACCAGCGAACGCCAUGUGUUCGACAACACGGGUCGCAAGAUUGGCUACGGAGACCACGCUUACCAUGACACCGGUGGCCUCAUCACGAGGGGAGAGCUAGAGGAGUCCGCGUUUCUCCGCGAUGACCGUCUCGUGAUCGAGUGUGACGUCACCGUCAUCAAGAGGCUUCGGGUGAUCGACAGGGACCACCGGCGGCGCCGGCGACCUUCCCCACCAGCAUCCGACCUAUCCAUGGACAUCGUCCGGAUGCUCAGGGACAAAGUAGGCACCGACGUGCUCGUCAACGUUGCCGGUGAGGUCAUCGCUGCACACGGGGUGGUGCUGGCAGCACGGUCGCCGGUGUUCAAGGCGCAACUCUACGGCCUGAUGAGGCCGACCGUGAGAUGGCAGCAGAAGCAGAUUGCUGUCCAUGACAUGCAGCCUGUAGUCUUCAGGGAGCUGCUUCAUUUCAUGUACACCGACUCCAUCUCCCUCUCCACAGAUUCCCUCGAUAGAGGCGACAAGACGGAGAUGAUCAAGAAUCUGCUCGUGGCCGCCGACCGGUAUGCCGUCGAUAAGCUGAAAAAGAUCUGCGAAGACAGCCUCUGCGAGUGCCUCAACGUGGAGAAUGUGGUGAGCAUGUUCGCCAUGGCUGAUCAGCACAGUUGCUACAGGUUGAAGGAUGCCUGCGCUGAAUUCAUGGCUUCGUGGGAGAGGUUGGACCGUGUGGUGGACAGCAGAGAGUAUGGCCGGCUCAAACGAUCUAGCCCAGCUCUCUUGUUAGAUGCCGUUGAGAGAGCGGUUAAAUCUCAGAAGAUUAGAGAGGAGACAUGCUGCCAUGUAGAGCCCAGUCAAAAAAUGUUUUGA